CUCAAUCUAUAUCCCCACAUUUCGUCCUGCAGCGAGAAUUGCAUGCGGCCUUGGCCGUGGCUGUGUGGCAGCCAGCAGUCACUCACUUGCACGCGUAUCCCGUACCAUGAGCUGGCUUGGGUCUAUAAGACAGCAUUGUUUGUCGUGCUAUUCUCAGUCACAGUGAGCCGCGUCAGUGCCAGACCACAAUGCUUUUCACAAGUUUGCCACUGCUGACAGUUCUGCCUCUUGCAGCCGCGCAGCAGGCGGGCAGCCUCGAGAAGGAAGUGCACCCGAAGCUGCAAUGGAGCAGAUGCACCGCCGACGGCUGCCGGCAGGUCAGCGACUCGCUUGUGCUUGACGCCAAUAUGCGCUGGCUGCACCAAGUCGGCGGCUACCGGACGUGCUGCGACGACCUCGGAUGGGACUCGAACGUCUGCAGGUCGAGCGCUGACUGCACCGACACCUGCGCUGUCGAGGGCGCGCAGUACAGCGCCUACGGCGUCAACGCGACCAACGACAGCAUCUCGCUCCGGCUCAAGACCAGCCUGGACUAUGCGUCCACCGUCGGCUCGCGGCUGUUCCUGCUCGACUCCGCGUCCGAGAACAGCUAUUACCAGACGUUCACGCUGCGGGGCAACGAGCUGGCAUUUGACAUCGACCUGUCGACGGUCGCGUGCGGCAUCAACAGCGCGCUGCGCUUGGUGGCCAUGGACGCCGACGGCGGCGUGUCACGCUUUCCCGCGGCCGCCAACACGGCCGGCGCCGCGUACGGCACCGAGUACUGCGACGCUCGGUGCUCGCGAGACCAACGCUUUGUCGGCGGGAAGGCCAACUCGGACGGCUGGGUCCCCUCCGAGACCGACCCGUCCUCCGGCGCUGGGAAGUACGGCGCGUGCUGUCCCGAGUUUGCAGUGUGGAACUCCAACGCCCACUCAUUCUCCAUGUCCUCCCACCCCUGCCCGCAAAGCGGCUACCACGUCUGCGAGGGACUCCUCUGCAAUGCCUCGGCCCGCGCCCCUGGUGAGGCUUCGAGCGGGCAAUGCGACCCGCGGGGCUGCAGCUACAACCCCUUCCGGAUGGGCAGUCAAGGCUUCUACGGCCAGGGCAAGGCAGUAGACACGGCGAGGAGGUUCACUGUCGUUACUCGGUUCGAGGACGCGCGCGUCUCGCAGUUCUUCGUCCAAGACGGCAAGACCGUCACCGUCCCGCCGCCGACAUGGGCCGGCCUGCCCCGCGAGAGCGGGCUCGCGGCCGAGACGUGCGCCCAGGUGCCCGCAGUGUUUGGCGAGCGCGACAGUUUCGCCGAGGGCGGUGGGUGGCGGGCGCACGCUGCGCUGCUGCGCCGGCUCAUGGUGCUGGCCAUGUCGAUUUCCGUCGAUUACGACUCCAAUAACCGCUGGCUGGACUCGCUAUAUCCGCCCCAGGACGGGGCUGGCCAGGCCCGCGGCGACUGCCCCGUCGAUGAAGAUGCUUUUGCUGCCGUGGCUCAGCACCCAAAUGCCAAGGUGACGUGGUCCAACAUUCGGUUUGGCACCGUCGGUUCGACCGUGGCGCUGAAUCCGUAG